AUGUUUGAGCAGCAGAAACACCAGAGACAGAAACUUGGAGCAGGGAGUCAAACACAGGAGGAUCCACUACAGGUCAAUCCAGAGGAGCAGAGGAGGAUCCACUACAGGUCAAUCCAGAGGAGCAGAGGAGGAUCCACUACAGGUCAAUCCAGAGGAGCAGAGGAGGAUCCACUACAGGUCAAUCCAGAGGAGCAGAGGAGGAUCCACUACAGGUCAAUCCAGAGGAGUAGAGGAGGAUCCACUACAGGUCAAUCCAGAGGAGUAGAGGAGGAUCCACUACAGGUCAAUCCAGAGGAGCAGAGGAGGAUCCACUACAGGUCAAUCCAGAGGAGCAGAGGAGGAUCCACUACAGGUCAAUCCAGAGGAGUAGAGGAGGAUCCACUACAGGUCAAUCCAGAGGAGCAGAGGAGGAUCCACUACAGGUCAAUCCAGAGGAGCAGAGGAGGAUCCACUACAGGUCAAUCCAGAGGAGUAGAGGAGGAUCCACUACAGGUCAAUCCAGAGGAGCAGAGGAGGAUCCACUACAGGUCAAUCCAGAGGAGGAUCCACUACAGGUCAAUCCAGAGGAGUAGAGGAGGAUCCACUACAGGUCAAUCCAGAGGAGCAGAGGAGGAUCCACUACAGGUCAAUCCAGAGGAGCAGAGGAGGAUCCACUACAGGUCAAUCCAGAGGAGUAGAGGAGGAUCCACUACAGGUCAAUCCAGAGGAGCAGAGGAGGAUCCACUACAGGUCAAUCCAGAGGAGGAUCCACUACAGGUCAAUCCAGAGGAGGAUCCACUACAGGUCAAUCCAGAGGAGGAUCCACUACAGGUCAAUCCAGAGGAGGAUCCACUACAGGUCAAUCCAGAGGAGGAUCCACUACAGGUCAACCCAGAGCGGUGGUGGGGGGUAGUAGAACAUGAGCUGUACGUUCAGACACACAUUCCGAGACUAAAACACACUCAGAGAAUCCCCAUUCUGUCCGGGAAUCUGGCCCAUACAUAAGCUGUAUAUAUUACACAGAAGGGCACAGUAUGACGUUGGACAUCAUAUCUGAUAUUUGAAUGGCAGAACACGGGGCAUUAGAUUGUUGUUAUAACUAAUGUGUAUCAGAAAGUCAUGCCAAACUCACUGUGUCCUCCUCCUCUGUUUUCUGUUCUGAUGAUUCAGGGCUAUUUGAGUAGGACUCUCCCUAUGACUCACUGCUUAUCUAACAUAAAUCACUUCACUCCUUCUCUCACUCUCUCUCUCCUUUUUAAAUCUCCUAGUUGCAUAUUCUCUACUGUUCAGGGACAGCAGGGGGCAGCAGCACUGUGGCACUGACACUGUGCAUGUGUGUGUAUGACAAUUAUUGUGAUUGAUUACAUGCCAUUUUUGAUCCCUCAAAAGGCAUGACAACUGUAUAGGAAGAUAAAAAGUGGAAAAUCCAAAGAAUGAAGUUUAGCUAAUAAUCAGCUUGACACUCUCCCAGCCAUAUCUAAACAUUCACCUGAAACAUUCCACACAUUCAUCCCCUUCACAAGGUGUGUGUGUGUGUGUGUGCGUGUGUGAGAGUGAGUGGGUGUGUGUGUGUGUGUACGCA